AUGACCGGUUUAGAUACUCUGCGGUGCCUUGUUAGGUCGAGAGCUCAACUACGAUACCCACAAUCCCUUUCGCAUCAUACGCGGCAGGUUUUUCUCGGAUCAGAGUACACUACAAUUCAAAACGUCUCUGUUUAUGUUCAACACACCUCCAACAUAUUAUUCUGCUGUCCGCACGGAGAGCGAAGCAUUAAACAAACAAAACACAUUUUGGGGAAUGUAACUUUGUACAGGAAGAGAGCUAACACGAAAACGUCGUAUGAUUGGCCAUUCUGACAGUUCUUUUUUUGUAUCAAACAUUGAGAUUUGUUGACAAAUUGCCUUUGUUAGCUGGUAAACAAGCGAACUCAACGAACUUGGUCUGAAGCGGCGGGCGGUAGAUGGUUGUCAACCCGCUCACUGAGCGGUGUGUCUCGGCAGGAGGAGCGCAUCGACUACCGCUGGUUGCAGCGGCGACAACCAACAGGCACAUGCAGGAUGAGGAGGCGGAGCUGAAGCUCAGCUGACCCCACCCAUUUAGUGUGACCUCCCUCCUGCCCUCACCCAUCCAGCCAGCCGAGCCCAUGUUCUCUCCAGAGCAGGAAAAUAUCUCCCCCUCCUCCACCUCCUCCUCCAAAGUGCCAGUGAAAUAUGGAGAGCUCAUGGUGCUGGGGUACAAUGGCUCUCUCCCCAACGGUGAUCGAGGCAGGAGGAAAAGCCGUUUCAGUCUGUCUAAGAGACCCAAGGCUAAUGGGGUCAAACCCAGCACAGUGCACGCUGCCUGCACCGCACAGGCAGCUAAGGCUAUCAGCAACAAGGACCAACACAGCAUCUCCUACACGUUAUCCAGAGGUCAGACUGUGGUG